AUGGACAAAAAGCAGCAUUCAAAAUCAACUGCUAGUGGAUCAUCUUCUCCUUCCACAACCAGUAAACCAAAAAACUCAUCAUCAUCAACAACAACAACAGCAACAGGUAGAAAUGCAGUAGUUCCUCGAUCUGCUCGUCGAAUUAUACAAAAUUUUCUUCUUGUCUGGUUUGAUGCCAAUUUCGAUGAGUCCAAAGACGAUUAUAAAAAAUCAAUACAACAUCUACAUGAUAUUUUAGCAACAGUCACCACAUUUACAGACAUUGACGAAUGUAUUGAUUUUCUCACGGAUAUUGACAAUGAAAAAGCAUUCAUGAUUGUGUCGAGUGCGCUAGGACAACAUAUAAUACCAGUGAUUCAAGAAUGCCCACAAUUAAUCUCCAUUUAUGUUUUCUCUGUCAAUCAAUCGAUUCAUGAGGAAUGGACCAAAAAAAUACCUAAGGUAAAAGGUGUGUACAAAGAAAUUGAACCGAUUUGUGAAGCAUUACAAAUCGAUCGAAGAAAUUGUGAUCAAGAUACGAUUUCGAUCAGUUUUAAUCGUAUUGAUCCGUUAUUUAUGUAUACGCAAUUGCUAAAAGAAGCACUUUUGGACAUACAAGAUGAUGAUGCAAAAUCAAUUAAAGAACUCGUCGACAACUGUCGUCUUCAAGGCAAUGCUUCCGAAGCAACACUUAAAAAGAUGGAAGAAGAAUAUCGUGGUCAUUCGCCCAUUUGGUGGUACACAGGUCCAUAUUUUAUUUACUCAAUGCUCAAUUGUGGUCUUCGACAAAUGGAUGUCGACAUUAUCAUGAAAUUGGGCUUUUUUAUUCGGCAUUUACAUAAUCAUAUUACAGAAUUACAUCGGGAACAACAAGGCAGCAUGCCAACAAAAUUUCAAGUCUUUCGUGGACAAGGCAUGUCCAUGGAAGAUUUUGAAAAAAUGAAAACAACCAAAGGAGGACUUAUGUCCUUUAAUAAUUUCUUAUCGACAAGUCGCAACCGUGAAAUAUCUUUCAAUAGAUUUGCACGAUCAGCUACAAAGAAUCCCAAUUCCGUCGGCAUCCUCUUCGUUAUGAACAUUGACACGGCUAUUUGCACAAAAUCAUCAACACCAUUUGCUAAAGUAAGCCAAGUUGGCUACUACAAAGAUAAAGAGGAAGAAAUACUCUUUUCAACACAUACAAUUUUUCGUAUUGACCGGAUUGAACGAAUUGAAGACAAACAUACUGAUCGCUUAUGGCAAGUUACUCUCACCAUCGUUGGUAAUCAAGAUGAUCACUUUAACAAGCUGACGGCACAUCUGCGAAAAGAGUUCACAUGGGUAACAGGAUGGGCUCGGUUCGCUUAUAUACUCAUUAAACUGGGAGAGUCUCAAAAAGCAGAACAUCUCUGAUUAAUUUUAUCAAUUAUUGAUUCAUCAUUUUCAGUAAUAAAAGUACCAACAAUAUUAAGUUCAACUAGUGAAAAAUAA